UUUAUAAAAAGAUGUUUAUUUUAUUAAUUUAUCAAUUAUUGAUAAUUAUAAUAUCAUCAGAAGCUCAAUUUAACCUGAAUCAACUUGGACUUGGAAAUUUAGGAGGGGCAUUGAAUGGGUUACUUGGGGGAGGACAGAGACCCCAACAUGCACAACAUAACCCUCCUAAUCAGCAACAUAAUGCCAAUAAUAAUCCAAACAUUGGCGGACAGGUAGAAGGCCUAUUAAACCAAUUUGGCCUAGGAAAUCAACUUACACACCAAAUUGGAGGUCUAAUUAAUGGAAUAUCUGCAAACUUUGUUAAUUACUUAGAAUUAUUUUAAAU